GAGCUGAAUGUUACAAUGGAUAGUAACAAAGAUGAGGCUUUAAGAUGCAUUACUAUUGCUAAAGAGGCAAUUUCAUCAGGUAAUAAACAGAGAGCCCUAAAAUUUAUUGGAAUCGCGCAUCGUCUUAAUAAAAAUUUAUCAUUGGAUGAUCUUCUAUCUGCCUGUGAAAAUCUUGAUUCAUCGAUUCGUGGUACAUCUAACGAGGUUAAAAAUGACGUUGCUAGUGUGAAAAAUGAGACAGGGGAUGUGAUGAAUUAUAGAGAGGAACAUGUAGAGUUGAUUAGAAGAAUUAAGAGUAAGAAGGACUAUUAUGAGAUUCUUGGUUUGGAGAAGAGUUGUUCAGUUGAUGAAAUUAGAAAGGCAUUUCGAAAAAUUUCGUUGAAAGUUCAUCCUGAUAAAAACAAGGCUCCAGGUUCUGAAGACGCGUUUAAGAAAGUAGCAAAGGCGUUUAAGUGUUUGAGUGAUGUUGGUUCCAGGAGAGAGUAUGAUGAGAUAGGUUAUGCUGACGAAUUCAUGUAUAGUCAAGAGUGUAAUGUUAGUGGUGUGAGGAGAAGAAGAACGGGGCACGAGUAUAGUUUUGGUGAUGAGUUUGAUCCUGAUGAGAUUUUCAGGUCAUUUUUCGGUCAUGAUGAUGAUGUGUUUAGGAGAAGUAGUUAUGUUUACAGGACGAGAACUGCUGGUGCUGAGCUGAGAGUAGUGGAGUUAGGUCCUGUUGCGCGUAAAUUAGUACUUCUCCUUCAAUUGGUGAUGUUUUUGUUUAUUGUUCUACUUGUAUAUCGUCCUUACUUUGGAGCCUGA